UCCCAGAGGGAGUGGUAACAGCGAAACCAAGAGGACUUUGGCUUCACCACACUGCCAGUGUUUGCCUUUGCUACCUCAGAGGCCACAUUGCACAUUCAACAAAAAGAUCAUGGCCUCCCCCAGCGUUCUCCUGUCAGAGGUGCAGUUUCAGUGUUGCAUCUGUGAAGAGGUUUUCUCUGAGCCCGUCUCCAUCCCAUGUGGUCACAGCUUCUGCUUCACCUGCAUCACAUCACGCUGGGACAACGGCCUUGUCAUCAGCUGUCCCAAAUGUCAGACAGUCUUUGAAGGCCGCCCAGAGCUUUGUGAAAACUCCUUUGCCAAGGAAAUGUCAGAGCAGAUCCGAGCAAGAAAGCAUAAUGGAGUGAUGUCAAUAGCUGGAAAAUGUAUAUAUUGCGAUGUGUGUGUGGGAAAGCAAACAAAGGCCCUGAAGUCCUGCCUUGUGUGUCUGACCUCAUAUUGCGAGAGUCACCUGGAGCCACACCUGAGAGUCGCUACCUUGAAGAUCCACAAGCUGAUCGAACCUGUGGCAACGCUGGAGAGCCGGAUGUGUAAAAGGCACCAAAGGCUCCUGGAGCUGUUCUGUAGGAGUGACCAGAGGUGUGUGUGUGUGCUGUGCACUGAGACUGACCACCGCUGUCACGACACUGUCCCAGUGGAGCGAGAGAGUCAGCAGAAGAAGGCUCAGAUGAAAAGGAUUGAGGCUGAUGUUCAGCAGAUGAUCCAGGACAGACUGCAGAAAGUGGAGGAGAUCAAACAUUCUGUGGAGCUCAGCAAAGAAAACUCAAAAAGGGACAUAGCUGAAAGCACAGAGGUCCUCUCCGCUCUGGUUCGUUCUUUGGAGAGAAAUCAGGUGGAGCUGGUGGAGGUGAUCCAGAGGAAGCAGGCAGCAGCAGAGCAGAGGGCGGAGAGGCUCAUCACAGAGCUGGAGCUGGAAAUCACUGAACUGGAGAGGAGGAGGAGUGAGAUGGAGCAGCUUUCUCACACUGAGGACCACCUCCAUCUUCUGCAGAGGUUUCCAGCUUUGAGUUCUCCUCCAUCGCUCAAAGCCUGCGCUGAAAUCAUUGUCCAUUCAGACACAUGUUUGGGGACUUUAAGGAGAGCAGUGGCCAACAUUGAACAGCAGCUUCAAUCAGCAUUGGAAAAACUUUCCAUUCAAGAGCAUGAGAAGAUGCAGCAGUAUGCAGCUGAUGUUCGUCUGGACCCCAGGACAGCCAACCCUUGGCUGGUCCUAUCUGAGGAUCGGAGACAGAUCUGGGAUGGAGAUGUUGAACAGAACCAGGAGGACAUACCAGAGCGUUUUGACACGGCACCAUGUGUCCUCGCCACCAUGGGUUUCACCACAGGGAGGCACUACUGGGAGGUCGAAGUGGUAGACAAAACAGCGUGGGACUUGGGUGUGGCUCGACAGACGGUCAACAGGAAGGGCGUGGUGACACUGAGUCCAGAGGAUGGUUAUUGGACUGUUUGUUUGAGGAAGGGCAGUGAGUACCACGCAUGUGCAGGACAGGCAAAGCUGCUGUGUCUCUCUCAGAGGCCGCAGGUUGUUGGGGUGUUUUUGGAUUACGAGGAAGGGACAGUGGCAUUCUAUGACGCAGAAGUCAAGUCACACAUUUAUUCCUUUACACAAUUUCAGUUCACCGAGGCCAUGUUUCCAUUUUUUAACCCAGAUAUGUGUGACAACGGCAGCAACAAAUCACCACUUAGCAUCCGCCCUGUUAGUGGAGACGUGGAUUUAGAUGACAUCACAAUAUGAUGUGGAAUGUGUAUUUUAUUUUAAACAGCAUAAAACUGCUCUCUCUGUUGAUACAGAAACUUUUUGAUCAGACAAUUCAUGUUUCAUUCAUCACUGUUGCACAUGGAUCAUAUAUUGUUUCUGAUACCUCCUCCUUCUAUAAACUGUUAUAUCUGUUACCUGCUUACCUCUCCUCCUUUUUCUUCUUCCCUUCACGUGUGCGCUCUUAAAAAGUAACACCUUGUGCACUGAUCUUAGACCUGCCUCAUUCCAAUAAUACCCA